AUGUGGGGGGGGGGUCAGAUUUAUAGACUGUGGGAAGCCCCCUCUCUCUGCUCUCUUGUCUUCUCCCAUCUUGAAUGAGUAUCAGUACCUAGCUGGACCAGAAGGACGCCCAGCCCACAGGCAAUACCAGAAGGUUCUGAGCCAUUCAUUUAUUCAUUCAUUUAUCCUUCAUCCAUUCAACAAGCUUGUACUGAAAGCCUACCUACCCUGUGGUAUAGGUGCAGGGAACACAAUGGUCCUGGUUUUCAUGGAGCAAAGAAUGGCAGAACACAGCAAAAUGGCUGUGCAAUAUGGUUAGAGUUAAUGGUAAGAGACACACAGGGUGCAAUGGGAGAGGUUGAGUGCAAGUUGGUGAGGUGGAGGAAAAUCUUUCUGGAAGAAAUGACAGCUAAGCUGAGGCUAGAAUCACGAGGGGGAACAAGCCAGGUGGAGGGAAUUGAGGAGCCUAAGGUGAGAGAGAGGAGGGUAGAUUCCAGGAACAUAAAGAGCAGUUGACAGCUUGAAAUCAUGGUGGGAGAGGAGGUGGAAAGAUGACCCGUACCAAGUUACUUAAUCUUGAAGCAUCAGUAGUUUCGGCCCACCUGGGAAGGUAUCUGAUUUGCACUACAGACAGCUCAGUCUGGCUGCAGGACUGAGAAUGCACGGACAGGGGAUGGAGAUUAUAGUGACCUGGACCAGAGAGGUGACAAUGCAGAAGAAAAAUAGUCCAGUGUGAAAGGUCUUUAGGAAGCAAGACCAACGGAUCAUAGGGAUUUGAUGGGUGUUUGGAGAGAAGGAGGGAUGACACCAGAUUUCUGGGCCACUAGGGGUGUGGAGUGCCCUUUGUUGAGAUGAGGAAGGUUAAGAAGGAGGGAGAUGGGAAAGAAGAUGGUAAGUGGGCUGUGUGGAGUCUCAAGUGCCCAGGGCCCAGCCACAUUGAAUGGCUGAGUAAUGGAGCAGCAUGUGGUGGAACAUGUAAUAAAAAGUAUCUGCAUCAGAGACACUGGAAGAAGGUUUCCCUGGAUAGAAGUUGCUGGAAGCCCUGGGAGUAGACCAGAUGGCCUGGGGAUGGUCACAGCCCAGGGACUAACAUUUCCCAGGAAAGAAGCGUGGGAAGCACCAGCAUCUAAGGGAUAGGGAGGAGAAGCAGAGUGGCAAGAUGUAGACAGAAGUGUGGGAAGGGAGCCUGGAGGGUGUCUUGUCCCAGCAGGGAAAGAGGGAGAUCUUGUCAAGGGCCUGUGGGGUUCCAUGCCUCAGCGUCCUCUAGCCCCCCCUCACCCCCUGCCCAGUACCAGCGCUUAUUUCCAUCUCCAUUUUGGCACAAGGUUUUGUUAGUUUUUGUCCUCCUGUGUCUUGUUCCUGACUUCUCUGUCACAAUGGCUGUGACUGGUGACAGACCUUGUCUUAAGAUCUCUCAGUGCCCAAUUGGCCACCUAACAAGGAGCUUCUGGGUUGGAAUCUUGUAUUUCUAAAGCGACCUCAUGUUUCUUCAUUUCUAAAAGCAUGCUUAUUUGGUUUUCAAAAUACAAUCCAACAGACUCUAUUUAAAAUUUUUAAUUUAAAAUAUUUUUUAUUGUGGUAAAAUACCCAUAACAUAAAGUUUGCCAUUAACCAUCAAAUGAAUCAUUUUAAGUGUAUAGUUCAAUGACAUUAAGUAUAUUCACAUUGUUGUGCAACCACCACCACAGUCCAUCUCCAGAACUUUCUCAUCUUCCCAAACUGAAACUCUGUACCCUUUAAACAAUAACUCUCAAUUCCCCCUCAAACCACCUUGGGCAACCCCCAUUCUAUGUUCUGUCUCUAUAAACUGGAUGACUCUAGACACUUCAUAUCAGGACUCACGUAAAUACUCAUACAGGAUUUGUCCUCUUGUGACUGGCUUAUUUCACUUAACACAAUGUCCUUAAGUUUCAUCCACAUUGUAGUAUGUGUCAAAAUUUUCUUCUUUUGUAAGAUUGAAUACAUUGCAUUGUACUGUAUACCACAUUUUGUCUGUCUGUUCAUCCAUCAAUGGAUGCUUACUUAGUUUGCUUCCACCUUUUAGCUAUUGUGAAUAAUGCUGCUGUGAACAUGGGUGUACCAAUAUGUCUUCAAAUCCCUGCUUUCAAUUCUUUUGAUCAUAUGGUAAUUCUGUUUUUAAUUUUUUAGGGAACUGCCUUACUGUUUUCCGCAAUGGUUGUACCAUUUGACAUUCCCACCAACAGUGCCCAAGUGUUUGAUCUUGCCACAUCUUCAACCAAGAGCCUUCCAUUUUUAGGAAUGAAUUUCACCCAAUGGCAUUUAUUGUGAUCACUGAUAUUUUGGAAUCUUAGAUCGUUUGACUCUGCAGCUUCCCUCCAGGAUAUUAACUGUUGGAGGGAAGAGUCCUCUAGUCUGUCCUGCCUCUGUGUCACAUAGCUAAUUGUCUCUCAUCACCCCUCUUGCUUUGUGAGCCCCACUUUCUGGAAGGGUGGGAGACCCAAGGUGACUAAUGAAUCACCGAGUUCUGGUUCUAGGAAUGGCAGUGUUGUGGUGGAACAUGAUGUCGUUAUGGAGGCAAACUACACUUCAGAUUACCAGAAACUGUUUGAAAACCUCGCUAAAAUCAUAAAGGUCAGGAUUAUGAAUGAGACCAAAAGGCUAUCUGGUGAUUCUGAAGUGUGCAGAGCAGCCUCCUCACCUCUGUGUUACGAUGAGGAAGCCACUAUUGUGAGCAAGACUGUGAAGCUGGGCUUUGACCUGCAGGAGCAAUGCGCUCAGAAGGCCGCGAAGGACUAUGCCCAGUUCUACUAUGUGGAUGAACUGGAUGGGAAGCUGGCCUGUGUGACCAAGUGCACCUCGGGGACAAAGUUGCAACUGAACUGUCAUGAGGGUGAAUGUCAGCUGCAACGAAGAGGUCCCCGCUGCCUAUGCCCGACCUCGGACACGCACUGGUACUGGGGAGAGACUUGUGCCUUGAGCACCAGCAAGAGCCUGGUGUACGGAAGUGUGGGAGCUGUGGGAGCAGUGCUGGUGGUCACGGUGGUGGUCCUCACCGUCUUCCUCUGCCGAUCCCAGAGAAAACUGCACAGGGAAGAAUACAGCUUGUCUCAAGAGUGGCACGGAGAAGAUGUUCCUGGCAGCUUCCAGAACAUAGGCAUCUGGGGAGGUGAGAAUCUGAAGGAGAAUGCAUUCAGCCUUAAAAACAUCUACAGCCAGUUUCGGCCCUCCCUAGAGAAUGUUGACCCUACCACAGAGCUCCACAUCCAGAGGCCCAGGGUGGUGACAACUGCUCAGUAAGCGAGGCAGGGGCUUCUGCCCCUCAUCCAGAUUUGGACAAGACAGCGGCAGACAGAGAGCCCACCACAGUGCUACUCCCCCACCUCCCCCGUUGGUCAAAAGGAAACAGACGUCAGAGCCCAAGGUGGUCCUGCUCAGGCUGGUGGGCUUGGCCGGGCCCCUGCUGUGCACUCGCCUCUCCUCCAUCGCCCUCUAUCCAGGGGCCCCAGUGCUGCCCAGACACCCCAACAUCUUUGCUCCAUUGACUCACCACUCUGGAAUUUGCCUCCCAAUAAAAGAGCAAGG